GAGAUACGACUGCAGGUUUAGUGCAGGUCAUGGUGAGGGGGGUAUGAGGGGUGAGUGGUGUGUGUGAAAGUAAAGGGAGAGAUGUCAAUCGGGUGCUUUGGUCAAAAACACCUCACCUCACAAAAACACCUUACGGAAACUGGAUGCUUAUUGAUGAAGCUUAAAAAGUUUGAAAGAAUGGAAAUGUUCUGUGGGAUAUAGUUGCUCAGGUGGAAAUUUGGUCCUACAAUGUCCACUAGUUUUGAGAGUGAAUUAGGACAACGUGACUCCAGUAAAGACUUGGGCGGAGCGGCGCGUGCUCAUCUUCGGCUCAGCAGAGCUGUCAUGCUGCCUAAAGUCGAGUCAGAAUCUCUGGGACUCGCUCGAUCGCAUGGGGAACAGGGGCAUAUGCCUGGAAACAUGCAAGCCCCCCAGUUUAAAAUGAUGGACUACUCCUACGACGAAGACUUGGAUGAAAUGUGUCCAGUGUGUGGAGACAAGGUGUCCGGAUAUCACUACGGGUUACUGACCUGUGAGAGCUGUAAGGGCUUCUUCAAGCGCACGGUGCAGAACAACAAGCGCUACACAUGUAUAGAGAACCAGAGCUGUCAAAUAGACAAGACCCAGCGGAAACGCUGCCCCUACUGUCGCUUCCAGAAGUGCCUCACUGUCGGCAUGAAACUGGAGGCUGUGAGGGCCGAUCGAAUGAGAGGAGGUCGCAACAAGUUUGGCCCUAUGUACAAACGAGACCGGGCGCUCAAGCAACAGAAGAAAGCCUUGAUCCGGGCCAAUGGACUCAAGCUGGAGGCCAUGACGCAAGUCAUGCAAACCGUCCCAGCGGACCUCACCAUUACCUCUGCCAUUCAGAACAUCCAUUCGGCCUCCAAGGGGCUUCCGCUGAGCCACCAUCACCACCACCACCACCAUCACCACCACCACAGCUCCUCCAGUGCAGGCCUGCCACCUGCAGACUUUGACCGCAGCCCCUUCGUCACAUCGCCGGUCAGCAUGGCCAUGCCGCCGCACGCUGGAGGACUGCAGGGCUACCAGGCGUAUGGCCACUUCCAGAGCCGCACCAUCAAGUCAGAGUACCCCGACCCUUACACAAGCUCGCCGGAGUCCCUCAUGGGCUAUCCGUACGUAGAAGCCUACGCAGGCGGAUCGCCGCCCACCUUCCCUCACCUGGUGGUGGAGCUGCUCAAGUGCGAGCCGGACGAGCCCCAGGUUCAAGCGAAGAUCCUAGCGUACCUACAGCAGGAGCAGGCCAGCCGAGGCAAGCACGAGAAACUCAACACUUUCGGCCUCAUGUGCAAGAUGGCUGACCAGACACUGUUCUCCAUUGUAGAAUGGGCCAGGAGCAGCAUCUUCUUCCGGGAACUGAAGGUUGAUGACCAAAUGAAGCUUCUCCAGAACUGUUGGAGUGAACUCCUCAUCCUGGACCACGUUUUCCGGCAGGUGAUGCACGCCAAAGAGGGCUCCAUCCUCCUGGUCACGGGGCAACAGGUGGAUUACGCCCUAAUUGCCUCCCAAGCCGGUGCCACACUCAACAACCUCCUGAGUCACGCGCAGGAGCUGGUGAGCAAACUGAGAUCCCUCCAGCUGGACCAGAGGGAGUUCGUCUGCCUCAAGUUCCUGGUGCUGUUCAGCUUGGACGUCAAGAACCUUGAGAACUUCCACCUGGUGGAGAGCGUCCAGGAACAGGUCAACGCCGCGCUGCUAGACUACGUCAUGUGCAACUACCCACAGCAGACGGACAAGUUUGGCCAGCUGCUGCUGCGGCUGCCAGAGAUCCGGGCCAUCAGCCAGCAGGCUGAAGAGUAUCUGUACUACAAACACCUGAACGGUGACGUGCCCUGUAACAAUCUACUUAUAGAGAUGCUGCACGCCAAACGUGCCUAAGGACCGGCGACGACCCUUUUUCGUCUCGACACAUCGCGCACACUGCUCCUAGCACCACCUCAGUCCAGCGUCAUCACCAGACAUAGCCUUCGAAUGAUUAAACGUGCACAAGAUGCGCACUGACUGCAUGGGUUUGCGGUGGGCCGGACACUUUGGAUCUUAUGGAGAGGGCACGGUAAAACCUGAAAGCAGUUUGGCUCGAAGGGCAGAUGCAUUUCUGAUAAAGAAAUGAAAUGAAGUGUUAUAAUGACCUCUAGGCUGUGGAUUUGUCAUAGUGUUGUCGAACCAUGACUGUCAGACGUUAUUUGUUCUGUGUGCAGCUGAUCGAAACGUCCACUUUACACUCAGACUCAAGGUGGAGGGUUUUGGAUUACUGGGAAGGAACUGGGCACUCUUUUAAGACUGGUUUGCCAGCAUUGACCCAAAGUUUCCAUUAGGACUGGCCAUGUGGCCCUCCUCUGUCUGUUUUAAGGCACACAAGCUGGGCUAGAGCCAGUAGGCGGAGGUAAGACGGACAACCAGCCAUUGCCUGCGCAAACCAUAAAGACUUUAUUCCAACCCCUCACCAAAAAAAAUGACGUGACGUAUUUCUUUUUUUUCAAAUUGGCAGUCAUUUCUUCUCUUUUGUCACUUUGAGGCUGCUUUGUGCCAAUAUUUUCUCAAUAUAAAUCCUGUCAAGAACAUGUCCGGGUCUUCAUCUCAAAAUCAUAAGAAAGAAAUGAGAAAUUAUAUUUUGCUUAAAGAAAAUUAUGUCUAAUAUUUGGACCAAUAAAAAAAUAAAAAUAAAUAAACAAUGAAUUAUUUAAAUUGUACAGUAAAUGAAGUUUAAACUCAUAAUAAAUUUUGGAGGUAAAUGUGCUGAACUGUCAUUAUAAUUAUUAAAAAGUAAAUUAUUCAUAAUAAAGCAGAAUUUUGAGAGUAAAAAUGCCAAAUUGUCAUGAAAAUGAGAAUUAACAAUUCUAUUAUUAAUCUAAUUACAAUAAAUAAUAAAAAAAUUGGAUAGCUCAUUAAUUCAUAAAUAUUAACUAUUUUCUUUAAUUAAUACAAAAAAUGUAAUAAAAAAUAAUUUCUCAUUUUUUAUACUUUGAUUUGAUUUGAAAAAAAGAAAAUGCUUAAAAACAUUUACCUCACAACACACUUUUUUCAUUUAUUGGUGUAGACUUUUUUGUAACAUUUUGCAGUUUGUUCAUCAACAAAUGUGAAUGUGAAUAACGUGCAGUCUCAGAGCCAGGAUGAAGAAAUAACGCCUCCAUCAACACAAGACCAAAGCCUGCAGAGAACAAAAAAGAAAAGAAAAGGAAAGGAAAACAAAAAAAAAAACAAAAAAAAAAACAACAACCUUAACUAUCAGUAUUAAUAAUUUGUGAUGUCACAGUCAUGUGAGUCUUGCCUUAUUUCAUUUCCAUGCUAGCUAACCGUGCUGAUGUGAAUUACGAUAUGUAAAAUAAAAAGUACAUAUAUAUAUAAAGUAUUAAUGUUAUACAAUUGAAAAGAAAUAAGAGGUGUUUACAUUCAUGUGGGAGAUAACUGUGAUGCGUUCAAUUGCAAAGCAAUGAUUUCAUAUAAAAACGAAACAAAACGUUCAGAAAAGAUUAUAUUCCUCUUGUUUGUUUUCUUAGGUGUGUACAGUUUUCAUCUUUCUUGACCAGUACUUAAUUAUGUCGUGAGACACUAAAUCAGAGAGGAAUCUCACUUAAUACUGAGUUUCGAUUUUUUUUUUUUACUUUUUUUUUUUUUUUUUUAUUGUGCUGGCUUAUUUCUGUGGACACCUGUUUUUAUGUUCUACGUUUGAAAUGUACGUCACUGGUUAAGCUUAAUUUAUUGUUUUGGUUUCAUCCAUGUGUUCCUGCACAGUGCGGUGGGGUCAUGACUAAAUGUAUUUGUUUACUGUAGCACGUUUUUAAAAAUGUAGAUACGAGAUGCAGUUACGGAGCGAAAUGGUGAUUAAGUGAUUCACAUUAAACACCCAUCAGUCCUGCCACUGUAAAAUAUCAAGAGCUGUACUUAAGUGAUCUGGUGUGACUGACUGGUGCAUCUUUUUUAUCGUGAGAUUUCAAUGAAUGUUUUCAUGAUAGCGUCUGUGUUCUAUACCAAAGACAGCGUCUGUCCUUCACUUGUACUUACCUGUUUGCUUCACAAUGAACGGAUGAGAGCUUUGCUACUUGGGGACUGCCGAUGUUUUUCCUGAAUGCUUCAUUUGACUGUAUUGCAUAAAAUUGGUGUUAAAGUCAACAUGAAAUGAAAAUGAAUCCAAUUUAUUUCCUUAAUACACAAACUUGGUCUUGUGCACAAUUUAUCAGUGUGUGUUAUUGCAUAGAAAAAGGUUUUUCUUCAUAAUCUAACUGCCAUUACAAGGCAGAAAAUAAUGUUAUAACCAAUGGCAUUCAAUUACAAAGCAAAACAAAACAAAAGCAAAUGAAAGCAAAACAAAACAAAUGCAAAUGAAAGCAAAACAAGAGCAAAUGAAAGCAGAACAAAACAAAAGCAAACAAAAAACAAAACAAAUGCAAAUGAAAGAAAAACAAGAGCAAAUGAAAGCAGAACAAAACAAAAACAAAUGAAAGAAGGAGAAAACAAAUCAGUAAAUUAAUCAAGAUUAACAUUUACAUAAUAAACGGUACUGUAAUAAUUGCAAAUAAUUAUAAUAGAUUUUAAAAUAGAAACCUAUUAGCAUACAUCAAGAUGCUUUUUUUGAUGACAAACUUGACCUUCAGCUUUCAUUUCUCCAUAAAAUCUCCUCAAAAGUGGGUGCCGGUGGUUUAUAAAGGGAGUAGUUUCCCACAAUCCAUUGCAAACUCACAUUCAGCUCCAUUUUGAUUUGUAACUUUUUACCACCAAAAUAAGUCUCCCUUUACAUUUUUUCUAAUCGAAUAACCUACUGCACAUGGAAAUAUGUCACAAUACGUAAGUAAAUUGGGUCGUAAAUAUCAUUUCAUGUUGACUUUACAAAAUCUGAGGUCAAAAAAGUAUCAACACAGUAAAACACAGUGCGCCUCAGGUGACUGUUGUAACACACCUGAAGCUAAAUGUUACGUGUUGACUUAAAGAGCAGUGAAAAUGACCACCAUGGUGACUUAAUAUCCCAAUCAUCAUCUUUUUUUAAGCAAAGUGAUCUUUCUGACAUGUUUCACACCUUAUCAAUGUAAAUUCUUUCAGACAAAAAAUGCACAACUGCUUUAAUCAACAUUUGCUGCAUGGCAUCUACACCCCCAUUUGUACAUAAGGCCACUUCUUUAUCGAUUCUAGGGAAAUUGAUUUGUAUUUGCUUCGUUUUGUGACUCUACUGUGUUGUGUGUGAUCAGACCGACAAUCUUAAGAAAUCCAGUGCCCCUCGUUCCCAUUUUGUUCCCAUCACCGGAAGUCCUGCAGCUGCUUUGGAUGUCUGCUUACCUGCCUGAAUGUCUGGAUUGGGAUUCUCUUGUUUGUGCGCUGGAAGCCGCAGUCAGACCCGCAUCUCUGAUGUCAUCUCUUGCCAUAAAGAGUUUCCAUACAAGCUCUUGGAAUCUUUCCAUCAUAUUUUAAUAAAUGACUAUUAUGCCAA